CACUAAUUCCAGACCGCAGAGUAGUUAAAGUCAAUAUAAAGUACCUCCUAAAUAAUGCUCAAUAUUUUUAUAAAACAAAUGGCAAUUUUUGUAUAGACGGGCGUAAUAGGCGUUAGUUGUGUCCAAUAAGAAAUGGCGUCAAAUAUUGAAGUUCCUCGUAACUUUCGACUAUUGGAAGAACUUGAGGAAGGUCAAAAAGGAGGUGAUGGAACUGUUAGUUGGGGUUUAGAAAGUGAUGACGAUGUGGAUCUGGUACGCUGGACUGGAAUGAUUCUAGGACCACCAAGGACUUGUUAUGAAAAUCGAAUUUACAAUUUGAAUAUUCGAUGUGGCAGUAAAUAUCCACAUGAGCGUCCAACAUGCACAUUUACAACUAAAAUCAACAUGACUGGUGUGGACAGCAAUGGCAAUGUUGAUGCAAGAAUAUCACCAAUGUUGUCAAAGUGGCAAAAGUCAUAUACUAUAAAAACACUAUUGACCGAGUUGCGUAGGUCCAUGACACUAAAAGAAAAUGCUAAGUUGGCACAGCCUCCAGAAGGUUCAAAAUAUUGAAAAUCUUAAGUUGGCACAGCCUCAAGAAGAUUCCAAACAUUGAAAAAUCUCUAGAAUGUAAUUGCUUGCAUUUAAAAACGCUGCUUUGUUUUUGUUUUUUUAAUCUAUAAUUUGUACUUUGUAUUUCGAAUUAAUUUUUUUUUUCUUUUUUUAAGUCAAAACUUAACUUUUUCAAAGAUAAUAGACUUUUUAUUGACGCGAAUUACGGUUUAUCUUUAUUUUAUUUUUUUGUUGCUGUUGUCGUUGUUUUUUUUAUUGAAAGAUUUGCGUUAAAUUGUUAGUAGUACAUUAGUAUUCCAAAAAAUGGUAGUAAUUAAUUUUUUUCGCCAGAAAAAUUUUGGGGGUAUUAUUGUUGAUAUGUAUGUAUGUAUAUGUUUAAAUAUAUGUAUAUAUAUAUA